GGCAGGCCGGCGGCGCCGUGGACGCGGGGCGCGCUCGCUUCCUCCUGCGCUUUCUAGUACCAUCCAGGACUGAGGAAAAAGCCAUGGACUGGUGGGAAGAAGAACUAGGUUCAAGUUUCAAUGCUGCUGCCAAUUAGCCAUGAAACAUUGAGGAAGUCCUUUUAAAUAUCAAAUGAUGCUGUUUGGAAAAAUUUCCCAGCAGUUGUGUGGCUUAAAGAAACUCCCAUGGUCAUGUGACUGUAGAAACUUCUGGGGCUGGUUGAAUGCAGUGUUUAAUAAAGUGGAUCACGAACGCAUCCGGGAUGUGGGACCCGACCGGGCAGCAUCUGAGUGGCUGCUGCGCUGCGGCGCCAUGGUGCGCUACCACGGCCAGGAGCGGUGGCAGAAGGACUACAACAACCUCCCCACGGGACCUCUGGACAAAUACAAGAUUCAGGCGAUUGAUGCCACGGACUCUUGUAUCAUGAGCAUUGGAUUUGAUCACUUGGAGGGCCUACAGCAUGUUGAAAAAAUAAGACUAUGCAAGUGUCAUUAUAUUGAGGAUAACUGUUUGGAGAGACUUGGUAAACUUGAAAAUUUACAAAAAACCAUAUUGGAAAUGGAAAUAAUUUCAUGUGGGAAUAUCACAGACAAAGGCAUCAUGGCUUUAUAUCACUUAAGAAACCUCAAGUAUUUGUUGUUAAGUGAUCUUCCUGGAGUAAGAGAAAAAGAAAACCUUAUCCAAAUCUUUAAGACAGCACUGCCUUCUUUGGAACUAAAAUUAGACUUGAAGUAAAAUAAUAUUCAAUAAGUGUCUUAUUUCAAUAUAAAGUAUCAUUUGAAAUUGUUGGUUCUAAACAGCAAUAACGAUUUUGUAAUCAUCCACAGACCGUAAGGAUGUCGUAUCAUGACAUUCCAGAAGCAGAGUCCAUCAUGUAGAAAAUAAAUAUUCAGACAUGACUCACUGAAGGUACUAGGUUAGAAGAAAAAAACUUAUGCACAUUAAGUCAUUUUAAGAGAAAAUGGAAACCAGGUAGCAGUUUAAUUCUAAUAUAUUCCUCAUUUUAUAUACAUAUCUAUAUAGAUAUCUCUUGAUGUAGAUACUGACAUAGAGUUCUUUAAUGUGAUUUAAAUGUGCAACAUAAAUGUGCCAUAAAUGGGCAUCUGGGUGGCUCAGUAGGUGAAGCAUCUGCCUUCUGCUCGGGUCAUGAUCCCAAGGUCCUGGGAUCGAGCCUUGCAUGGGGCUCCCUGCUCAGCGGGAGUCUGCUUCUCUCUCUGUCCCCCACACUGCUUGGUCUCUCUCUCUCUCCCCCUCUCUAUCUCUCAAAUAAAUAAAAUCUUUUAAAAAAAUAAAUGUACAAAACAGAUAUUCUUCAUCAGAAAUUUAUAUUACUGUUACCUUUUAAAAUUAUUGAAGAAUGUUACUAUACAUAUAGUAUACAUAUAUACUAUAUGAAAAACUGAAAGCUAAAUUUCAGAUUCAUUGGUGGAGUGAAUUAUGAAAGGCGGUUGGUAGUUAUUGAACUAUUCAUAAUGCUUCCCAGGAUUUGCAUGCAUUUCUCAUGACCCUCAUUCCUGUGUUCUUUAUAACAUGCACCUUUCUCUGAAUGAAUACCCUCUGCCUAAUAUGUCUAUUUUGUAAGCUUA